CCUGCUGCUCCCCGGCGCUGCCUCGCCCGUGCUCGCGUCUGCUCCGUCCCGCUCUGCUUGUCCCAGGCGCGGCAAGGCGGCGUGAGAAGCGGCGGGGGAAAGCAAAAUGAUGCUCCAAAACCCAGGCCAGGUAUCUGCAUCAGAAGUCAGCGCCUCCGCAAUUGUUCCCUGUUUGUCUCCUACAGCGUCACUGGGGUUUGAGGAUUUCACAAAUCUAACCCCACUGGUGAAGGAGGAAUUGAGAUUUGCCAUCCAAAAUAAGUGCCUAUCCCACAGGAUGUCUUCCACAUUGGAUACAGUGACAGUGUUGGAAAGACCUGUUGAAAUGUCUGUUCUGAAAGCAGAGUUUUCGCCCCAAGAAGAUGAAAGGAAAAAGAGAAGAAGGGAAAGGAACAAAAUUGCAGCUGCAAAAUGCCGAAACAAAAAGAAGGAGAAAACAGAAUGUUUGCAGAAAGAAUCAGAAAAGUUGGAAACUAUCAACGCAGAACUAAAGGCCCAGAUUGAAGAGCUAAAGAAUGAGAAGCAACAUUUGAUAUACAUGCUCAAUCUCCACAGGCCCACUUGCAUAGUUCGAGCACAGAACGGGAGAACACCCGAGGAUGAAAGAAACCUCUUUAUUCAACAGAUCAAAGAAGGAACAUUGCAGGGUUAA